UAAACAGCAUUAUCUAUUUUCAGUAGUUAAUCUAGAGAUAAGCAUGUUAUUAAUUUAAAAAGUUAUUAUGAGCGCCUUGAGCAAAUGAGCAUAUAUGCGAUACGCUUAUCAUAUGUGGGAACUAAUUCGAUAAUUUCGUUCGUUUUGCGAAACCCACACCUCUGCUAGUACGUAAACAACCUGCGACUGGUUGUACUUGAAGACCCGCACGUCAUCAUAUAAAGAGACAUUUGAGGAGUUCUGCAAGUCAAAUAAUCAGCUUGCUUUUUAGUGUUAACAAUCUCACUUUCACCGCUGCGAUGUUCCGCAUUUUCGUUUUGUGCGCGUUGUUCGCAAUCGUUCGCGCUGGAGGAGUAUCGAAGGCGACCGUCAAGAUACAGGGCGAUACAGUUUCGGGUACCGUCACGUUUACUCAGCAGGGCGCGACAGUUCUAAUUCAGGGGGAAAUCAGUGGUUUGUCACCAGGAAAACACGGUUUUCACAUCCACGACAAAGGGGAUUUGUCGAACGGAUGCACUUCCGCUGGACCCCAUUUUAAUCCUUACAAGAAAAACCAUGGGGCGCCUUCGGCACAAGAUCGUCACGUUGGCGAUUUAGGAAACGUCGUCGCCGGGCCCGACGGCGUCGCCCGCAUUGAUUUCACCGACGGCCUCAUUAGUUUAGGUGGAGAACGGUGCAUAAUUGGACGAGCCCUUGUCAUACACCAGGGCGAAGACGAUUUGGGCAAGGGUGGAAACGAGGAAUCGCUCAAAACUGGUAACGCCGGAGGGCGGCUCGGCUGCGGAGUUAUUGGAAUCUUGGCAGAAAACUCAAGUGGAUACUUGCUGAGCUCUCCAAGCCUUCUACUGGCGCUACUUGCGUCCAUCACAUUAUAUUAAGAUUAUAAUUGUUAUUAGCUACUCGUACUCGUAUUAUAAUAAUAAAUAGAAUCGACCUUUC